AAUGCCGCACCACAGCAUCCUACUUUUCCACUCAUCCACAAACACACCACAACACGUGCUGCAGGGAAGAUGAUGCCAGUGCUGGGUCGCCCCUCCCUCGCCCACUUCGCUCUCCAUCAACCCUCCCUCUAUUCCCCUCUCUCUCUCUCUCUCUCUCUCUUUCUUGUUCACCUUGUCUGUUCUGGCUUUUAUUGUUGCGUCAGAGCCAGAGCCAGAAGAGAAGCAUGCCGGGGGAGAGCGCUCAUAGAUCUGUCCCCGCCAACAAGCAUCCAGGGCAGGGAGAGGAGGAGCCGGGGCUCCCUGGACCAGGCAAAAGCAGACGUCAGUCCACAGACUCCACGCCCAGUGACAGUGGCUCCUCCCCUUGUGACACAAGCUCGAGCCCUUCUCCAAGUACUCCUCAGAAGCUGCUCCCAUCGUACACGUCCCCAUUCGGACCAAGGCUAUUUCACACGACACCUAAUUCCUCUGCUACUCCAAGACCUCAACCUGAAGGAUCUGACCAUCGGCACAACCCGCUGAGGCUGUCCGGGAAGUUAGGCGGCCAUGGACCUUGUGGCCGCCUUGUCCCCGUUAAGAUGGAGAGAAUUAAAGUACUGACUGGUUCUGAGGUGGAGAGCGACUACCCGGAGGAACAGACCAUUGACACAAGGGUGGUGAUGGGCCAAGAGACGCUCCUAAAACCGUCAGAGAUCCUGAAAGGGAUUCGCUAUCCCAGGCAGUGCGUCCAGAAUAUCUCGUCAUCUAGCUUUUCAGAGCCUCAGACAAAAGUAAACAAACUGGAAACCAACAAAGAAGAACACAAAACCCCAAACCUGGACAAACAAGAUGAGCAAACAGAACCGGUAAAUCCUACGACCCCAUCAAUUCCCGCUAUUAACCGUCCCGCAGCACCCACUUCCUCUUCCUGUGUUGACGAUAACGUCACAGAAAAGGAAGAGGGUCCACGUCUCUCGAAUGUUGAAGUGCCUUCCCUGUCCGACCAGGCCUGCCCGGUGGCUCUGUCCUUCUCCGAGCCAGUUUACUCUGUGGACCCACUCAGAGUGGGUAUGCCGUCGUCCCUCGACCCCGACUUGUACUAUACCGCCCCCUCCACCCCGAUUAAGGCGAUGUCACGCUCCUCGCACCUUAAACAUCAUUCAUAUCCCGGCUCUCCCGCUUGCUCCCCGUCGCCUGGCUUACCCUCAGACAGCGACGACCUCUGCUCCCCUAUGACCUCCCCCUCUGGGUCGUAUAUGACAGCAGAGGGAGGAAGCUGGGCCUCCUCUUAUGCCUCCUCCACCUCCCCCUCCACGUCUCCCAACCUGUUGACUACGGAAGACGCACAGGAGGCUCGGGCUUGCUUUGUGGGCUCCUUGUCCGAGAUCGGAGACGAAGGUCCGGAGCGGGAUGAGGAGAGGCCAUGUGACUUAGCUGUUCAACAUUCCGACAGCGUAAUGAAUCAACGAUUGGGAAUAACAGGAACAGCGAUACCAGAAGAGGAAGAAACUCAAAAGGAAGACGAGCCCACGAUUUGCAGAGAAAGUCAUCGUCCUUGCUGGGUGACUGAACAUACGCCUCCCCCGAGGAGGAGCAGCAGCAGCCACACCAGUGACUCCCAAGAUGACGGCGGGGAGUCUGAGGGCUCCCUGUGUCCUCUAGAGGAGGCCAGGGCAGCAAAUGAGGAACAUUCAAGAAUAAAACCCGCCGGCCUUAAACUGCAACUGGACCCGUGCGUAUCAGACAAAGAUUAUGAAAAGACGGCAGAUCGGCAAGAGAAAGAAAAAUCCGUAGCCGUGACUCCCGAUACGGACAACAUGGCCUCAUCCAACCCUAGUCCUGACUCGCCUGUGGUCCACGUGGAUUCUUUGUAUCCUGGGGCGUUUGGCAGACUCGGCGCCAGCUCUUUCAUGCUCUCUCAGGCAUCCUGUGCUGAGGAUAUUCCCGAGGAAGAAAGAAUGAUCCCGGUUUCUCUUAUCCCAUUUCCUCCUCACACAAGCCUCAUUUUUAAAGCUGAUUCCUUUGAAAUAACGCUCUUUCCCACAGAGGAUGAAAAUGAAAUAGUGACAGACAGAAAUGAAGGCAAGAACUUUGAUGCGUACGCAGCAGGAGAGGAGGAAGCAGACGUGGAAGACGACGACGAAGAGGAUGACAAUGACUACGACGAUGACGAUGAUGACGACAUCAAUGGCAAUGAAACCGCCGACGGUGGUGACGAUAAUGAAGAUACCGACGACAGUCCGGAGUCAAGUGUGGAAGCCAAAGUGGAGGUGAAAGUGGUUGAAGAAGAAGAAGAAGAGGAGGAGGAAGAUGACGAAGAUGGUCGCUACGUCAGUAAGACUGCGGCGGGUGCUACAGAUGAGGACAGCUCAGGGUCCUUGCUUCAUACGCUCUCGGACACGUCCAUAAACGAGGGACUGGACGACUUCUUCUGUUUCCAAGACGAUACGGAUGACUCAUUGGAUUCAGCCUCGUAUAACGGCGAGGAAGACGAACGCCUCUACAGUACCGAGCGGCAUGCGCAAGCGCUGGAGUCGUCACCUUUGGAUUCGCUGGAAUCCACAGAAAGAUCAGAAUCAGAACAAGGAUAUGCCGUCGGAGUGGGUCAAACGGAAUCACCGCCCACACCGCCGAGUGCAGAUAAGUCCGCGGAUAACCCUGAAACCGAUUCUGGAAAUGUCUCCGCCCAGGAGCCCGGAUCCCUACAAACUCUAGGAUCUGACAAUCUUGUGGACGGAACAAAACCUGUACAAAUGGACGGCAGCUUAAAACCACUUCCUUUGUCCCCUGGUAACAAAACGGAGGAUGCGACUGAGACGGGAGGACAUUGUAGUUCUCUUGAGGAACCCAAACACAACUCCCCUGACCCCAAUACUCAAGUCGACUCUUCCUGUUCUGUUGGAAAAAACCAGAGUAGUACAAUACAGGGAUCAGAACAUGGGGAUGAUAGGGAGCAGCGCAACAACGGUCCAGAAGAAGAUCCCACAUCUGAACCAGAAAGAGAUUCCUAUAAAUUGCUGAUUAAGCAUCGCCAUUAUCAGACAGGAAGUCAUGGAGCUGCAGGAGUUAGUCGACUAAUUUCAUCCCAGUGCUCCUUUAAUAGACUCGACAAGCCUGAGAGAGAAGACCAGGAGAAAAAGAAGAAUGGGAAUGCCUCUGUAGGAAUAAGAAGCACGGAGUGUAGAUCCGCAGAUCUGGGUUUCUCAGAUUUGGGUCCAGCCACCAAUGAUUUAAACAAAGGUGUGCUUCCUCUGUCUUAUCCUAAAGACCUGGGUACGAACCCCAGCAAUAUCCCCAUUUCUGCAUCUCCGGAGGUAAUUUUUGGACUUGCAGACAACCUGGUCUUGACUCCUGAACAUUGCCCCGGUGACUCCGGCCAGGAGAACCUGAGUACAGAUGAGAGGGUUCUUGGAGCAGCUGGAUCCCCUCACUCUCCUCUGGCAAUCUCACCCAAAAGAGAAAACUCGGAAACAGAUACAAGGAGGGAAAUUGGUCCCGUCACGGAGAUGACUGAAUUACACUUGGGAUCCGUGUCUGAAUUUGGAGUAUGGGGAGCAGGGGAGUCGCUUUCCUUGUCACUGGGGAAAAAGUACGACUUAGAAGCAGAGAGUCUUCUCGUGUGUGACGCACAAGGCCAAAGCACCCAGACUCCGGUGAUCCCUAACAAUGAAACCUACCAAAGAUUUGCUCUUUCUUAUGUUCGGGAGAGAAAAGAUAACAACAAAGAUGGAAAGAGACAUCGGGUAGAAGAUAAGGAACAAACAGGAGAAGAGACUUCCGAGUCCAAUUUGGUUUGUUGGAAGUCAACUGAGGAGAUCUCACAGGUAGAGCGGAGAGUCCCCGAUGAUGACACCAGCAACCGGGACGACGACGGGAAUAACACACAGAUGCAAGUAACGAGGACGGAUUCAAACAAUAAUAACGACGCUACAUUUGACUCAAUGGAAGUAGAAAUGUGCGAAGGACUGAAUGCUCUAUCGGAAGAUGUGAGAUCCCACUUUGACAGUGUGAAAGUCAGAGAAUCCGUUUCGAAUAUUCCACUUGAAGAAGUGCCACGGCGGGUUUAUGUAGAACAAGAAGCAGCAGGCGGUUCCGGAACCCAAACAUUUUCCACAAAUGGCCGACGUAGCUUGCCAUUAGAUAACACUAGCGUGGACGUAUUGCCAGUCAAUGAACAUCUCAACAGAGCAACAAAGUCAAGAUGUCAAACAGGUCCAGAGUGUCAGACGGUGAGCGCAGAGAGUAAUCUAGUACCUUCUUUACUACAUGGAACCUUUGCUUUCUUCAGUCCGAGAUCCAUUAAAAGUGCAAAGACGUGUUUGCAGUCGGAAUCAGACAUGGCAGCGGAGCCUCAAAGAAUAAGGGAUUGCGGUACUGAUAGACUUGUUGACGAGCCAAAUAAUAAAGAUGCCUUUAAAGACUCUAACUCAGGGAUGGAUGAAGAAAUAAAUACAAAGACAACAAAAGAGGCAUGCCCAGAAGAUAAAAACAAAAUAGAAAUACACCCCUCGCCCUUGGAUAAUUUUGCACACGACACUGCUAAGAAUGCAAUUUGCACAGACAAAACGGGUUCUACUAAGAAAGGGCGAAGACGGAAACAACACAAAGCGUUGAAGGUGGGCAUGCAUUCGGAUUCCAGUCCGGAAACUCCCGAUGAUGACAAGAAAAUUCCCGUUUCCAAAGAAACUCCAGCAGUGGCGAUUGGGAACACUUCAAAAACAAAAACCAACAAAGUAUUCUCAACCGAAAAUGAAGUCGACCAAAAGAUCAGAAAAGAUCAGAAACGCAACUCCAAGAAAUGUAUCCGAGAGAACCAUCAUGGCGUGGUAGAAACAGACCAAAAAUUGCAUCAGCUGGGCGACAGACAGGAAGUGCUUGAUAACAGACCCCUGUCUAACAACGCAAGAGGAAUCAGAGUGGACAUUAACGACAACAACAUUAUCGACGAUGAUCACAGCCCAUCAACGCAGGCUUUAUGCUCCUCGCCAUCUCCUGUUUCGUCCUCCUCACUUUUCCACGGAGCUUCGACAGAUCAUGAACUCACCACGCCUGUGCAAGAAUCACAACCUCUGCUAUCUUCGCUAGCUACAUCCCACACAACCUGUCCAUCUAGUCAGCAAGCCUCAUUCUGUCAAUCAUCUGGGAUGCAGAGUAGUCCAUCCGAGCCAACCCAGGAGUCAUCUUCCAUCCCUUCUUGCCAAAACCGAUCCUUCUCACAGACUCCCAAACAAACCAAGCAAGGUUGUCCAAAGGACAUAACCAAAGACUUCACCCUCGCAGAGACGGGAACGGACAGCAGCGAAGAGGAUUGUGGACUCCCCCGACAUAGUCGAGGGUCUGUUCUCAAAGGGAAAACCGGAAACCGACCGGAGACAACCAGUCCGUCUGAUCAAAAGGAAACUCAGCCUUUCUCUUCUCAUCAGCCAACCGACAAAGCGUCUGGCUGUUCAACCAACCACAGUCCAGGUUCCGUUGUGGCUUCCUGUAACGAGUCGGAGAGUGAAGGGUCAGUCCCUGAACUCGAGGAAGCCGAGCCGGUGAGACCUCUUCAACCUGAGCUUCUCUCCUCUGCAGACGAAGUCCUGAACAGACCAAAACAGAGCCGCAGUGAGAAGAAGGCCCGUAAGGCCAUGUCUAAACUGGGUCUAAAGCCAGUCCACGGUGUGACGAGAAUCACCAUAAGGAAGUCCAAGAGCAUCCUGUUUGUCAUCAGCCGACCUGACGUAUUUAAAAGCCCCGCGUCGGACAUUUAUAUUGUAUUUGGGGAAGCUAAGAUCGAGGAUCUUUCCCAACAGGCUCACAAAGCUGCUGCAGAGAAAUUCAAGGUGCCUGUGACCUCGACUCCCUUGGCGCCUCCUGUCCCACCCAGCCUCCGCAUCAAGGAGGAGAGUGAAGAAGAAGAAGAGGAGGUGGACGAGGGGGGUCUGGAGCAGAGGGAUAUCGAGCUGGUGAUGGCUCAGGCUAACGUGUCUCGAGCCAAGGCCGUGCGUGCGCUGAAACACAACAAGAACGACAUUGUGAACACCAUCAUGGAGCUGACUAUGUGAAUGGUGGGGAUUAUUCGAAUCUCCUCCUCGACCCCUAAAGCCUGAAGACCACGCUGUAUCGCUGCUACUGUAUGUCGCAUCUCCAAAAACCUGCUAAAUCUAAAUAAAGUCUGUUAGGAUGCCAAGCUGUGGCUAAUUGGAAUCAUUGCACAACAGUUAGCUAACUAAACGUACCAACAAUUUAUGCUUUAUCUCGCUAGCUUGGGUUUUGACACACCUUUACGACACAAUUAUACACGGUAACGUGUGAAUAAAACAAAAAAUAUAUAUAUUUAAGUCAUACAAAUACCUCAAGUUGAUUCGAAUUUAAGGGCGACG